AUGGAACUGAAUUUUGUCGACACUAAAGCAGAGCUAGUUGGUAUGGUCCGCGAAUGCCGAAACCUGCGUCAAAAGAUCAAAAGAGAUCAAGAACCCAUGUUGGCCGAUCCUGUACCCAACAUCAUGAACACUUUUCCGCCUCGCGACACUUGCGAUCGACUGGUCAAGCAUUACUUGCGGACUUUCGAGCUGAUCUACCGCGUUGUUCACAUACCAACAUUUUGGAAAGAAUACGAAGAGUUCUGGAAAGACCCUGCAGCCGUGCCAUUUAGCUUCACGAUUCAGCUGGGCCUUCUCAUGGCCAUCGGAAGUGUCUUUGACGCUGAUCGUGAUGGUACGACAGAUCUCAUGAGUCGGAAGUGGGUAUAUGCUGCACAGUGGUGGCUCGUGGGGCCAUCAGCAAAAAGCACAAUGAAUCUUGCAGGGAUUCAGAAUUUCUGCCUGUUGCUAAUUUCUCGUCAAGUCACAUCAUUCGGGCCUUCUUUGUGGUUGUCCGAAGCUUCCCUGUUAAAGAUGGCCAUGAUAAUGGGUUUGCAUCGUGAUACUGCCCUAUUCAAUCUUGACCACCUGCAAUCUGCUUUGCGUCAAAGACUAUGGACGACUAUCCUAGAACUCGUUGUUCACGGGUCAGUAGAUACAUCGACACCCCUUCUUCUCACACUUACGGACUUCGACACUCAUAUACCUCUCAACAUAUUGGACGCCGAUCUUUCCUCUGGCAUAACUGAGGCCCCCAUGCAGCAACCCCUACGGACCUUCACCGAGGCCUCAAUCCAGAUAUUGUUGCGCAAGUCUUUACCUGUUCGUAUAGAGGCUGCCAGAGUGAUCAACAAUGCUCGUGGUGAGCAAUCAUACGAGCAGGCAAUUGCAUUAUCCACCAAGAUCCAGGAUAUCUGUAGAGAGAUUGCGCAGUAUUGUCGACUACACUGGACAAACUUCCUAGGUAUGCAUCACAAGUUCCUGGAUAUGCAACUGCGAAGGUAUAUCUUGCUCUUGCAUCGACCUUUCAUGUUGCAGGCUUGCAAUGAUCCUCGCUUCUAUCUCUCUCGAAAGAUAUGCCUUGAGUCAGCCAUGAUCAUCGCCUCGUAUGCAGCUCUGAUCAACAUACCUUCGGGAGUUCUUGAUGACCUAUCUCGCUUGAUGAUCAUGAGUACCGGUACCUUUCGUGGUGCCUUGACAUUGGACGUCAUUACUGUCCUGGGUCUAGAAGUAAUCCGCCAGAUCGAGGAGUCCAACAUCGGGACCUCGUUCGCACCAGGCACAGAUGGCGAUUUGAUCUUGGAUCCCCUUGCUGAGAUGGCUCGUGCACAGCGCGAACCUGUCAUGCGAACCUUGGAGCAUCUAAAGGAGCAGCUGCUGCAGAUCAUCAAAUUAGGUCAUCCUCAUUUGAAGCGUUAUAUCUUCUUGGCAGGUGUGAUAUCCCAGAUCCGUGCUAUGGAGACUGGUCAGGGUGUGCAGCCAGCAGUCGUUCGGGCUGCGCAAGAAAGCUUGAGGAUAUGUUACACUGCGUUGCAGUCUGCUUCAACGCCCAUCGAUCUGCAGGAUCCGCUCAACAACUUUGAUUUCAACGAUCCUGCAUUCUUGAUGGACUUGGAGACCAUGGUAAGCACUUUCAUAUGUGACUGGGUCAGAUUCGAAAGACAAGAUCUAAUCAUUAGCAGAACUCGAAUCCUUCCUUGGACCUUUCCACGUUCAUGUUCGCAUCAUUCUAAGGGAGGAUAG